AUGAGCGAUAAAGAGCCACUAUUAAAGAAAUAUAACAAAUUACUUGAUGACAAUGAUAGUGACAAUGAAAACAAAAGUUUUUCUGAUUGGCGUCAAUAUUUCAAUCGGCAAAAGACUAAUGCUAGGAAUAAAAAGUUAGAUGAUGAGAUCAAACAAACUACUAAAGAUAUUCCAAUUAGUGUUUUACAAUUGUUUCGAUUUGCUGACCGUAUUGAUAUUCUUCUUAUAAUUAUUGCUCUGUGUCUCGUAGUGGGGCAUGUAAUUUGUUUUCUCGCGAACAUAAUUCUUUUUGGACAAAUCACGGGAUUAUUUGCUACUACAUCAUUUGCUGUUGAUUGUAAUAACCAAUAUCGAAAUUUAACAUCUACAAUUAUCAAUAAUAGUGGAUGUCCUUUUGGUAUUGAUCUUAAUCCAUUAAAUUAUGAUCGAUUACAUAAAUUAUGUCAUUACGAUAAUAAAUUUAUUUCAUCGACAUUAGCUCCAUUAACGGCUUUAUUUCGAGAAAAUGUUAUGCAUCUAGUUUAUUUGCUUUUUGGUUUUAGUGUUCUUAUAUUUCUAUGUACUUUUAUUGAACGUAUCUGUUGGACAACUGCUUCGAAACGGCAGACAUCUCGCAUGAGUGUUUUACUCUUUCGAUCACUUAUUCAACGUGUCAUUACUAAAGAAACAAAAGAACAAUUAAGUACAUAUUCAAAAGCUGGACAAAUCGCUCAAGAAGUAUUCAGUUCAUUAAGAACUGUUCUUUCAUUCAAUGGAAGUAAAUCGGAACAAAAGCAAUAUGACAAAGAAUUAAAGUUAACUGAAUGGUGUACUGUUCGCAAAGAUGCUGCAUUGGGUGCUUUAUUUGGUUGGUUAUUUUUUAUAUCCUUUAUAGUCUAUUCAAUUGGUUUCACUUUUGGUUCGAUUCUUAUGUCUUAUGGAAAUCAUCCUACACUGACCAUUACUGAGAUUCUUAUUGUUGUAAAUAUGUUUGCACAAGCUUUAAAUUAUCUUAAUUCAAUUGGUCCUUUCUUUCAAUCAAUUUCGGAAGCUCAAGGUGCAGCAGUAUCCGUCUUUCGACUUAUUGAUGAGGUACAUGAUAAAAAUCUGAAUGAAGGAGAAAUAUUGGAAGAGAAUAUUUCUGAUGAAAAAUCUAUUUCUAAUAUUAAUGGUGAUAUUGAAUUUGAUAAUGUUAGUUUUUGUUAUCCAUCUAGAGAAAAUGCAACAGCUUUGAAUAAUCUUAAAUUGAUUGCUCGUGCUAAUCAAACAACUGCUCUUGUAGGUUCAAGUGGCUGUGGUAAAUCUUUUUUUUCUAAAACAAACAUAACAUUUUAA